ACGAGCGCCGCCAUUUUGUUUGGCUGGACGGGAGCGAGCGGCGCUCUGGGGGAGGGGUCGCGUAGGCGCCUCACCUGACCCUGCAGCCGCGCAGUUGCUGCUCCGGGGCAGGUCUCCUUCCAGGCCAGGGGCCCGGAAUCAUGUACAUAAAGCAGGUGAUUAUCCAGGGUUUUCGAAGUUACAGAGAUCAAACAAUUGUAGAUCCCUUCAGUUCAAAACAUAAUGUGAUUGUGGGCAGAAAUGGAUCUGGAAAAAGUAACUUUUUUUAUGCAAUUCAGUUUGUUCUCAGUGAUGAGUUUAGUCAUCUUCGUCCAGAACAGCGGUUGGCUUUAUUGCAUGAAGGUACUGGUCCUCGUGUUAUUUCUGCUUUUGUGGAGAUUAUUUUUGAUAAUUCAGACAACCGGUUACCAAUUGAUAAAGAGGAAGUUUCACUUCGAAGAGUUAUUGGUGCCAAAAAGGAUCAGUAUUUCUUAGACAAGAAGAUGGUCACGAAAAAUGAUGUGAUGAACCUCCUUGAAAGUGCUGGUUUUUCUCGAAGCAAUCCUUAUUAUAUUGUUAAACAAGGAAAGAUCAACCAGAUGGCAACAGCACCAGAUUCUCAGAGAUUAAAGCUAUUAAGAGAAGUAGCUGGUACUAGAGUGUAUGAUGAACGAAAGGAAGAAAGCAUCUCCUUAAUGAAAGAAACAGAGGGCAAACGGGAAAAAAUCAAUGAGUUGUUAAAAUACAUUGAAGAGAGAUUACAUACUUUAGAGGAAGAAAAGGAAGAACUAGCUCAGUAUCAGAAGUGGGAUAAAAUGAGACGAGCCCUGGAAUAUACCAUUUACAAUCAGGAACUUAACGAGACUCGUGCCAAACUUGAUGAGCUUUCUGCUAAGCGAGAGACUAGUGGAGAAAAAUCCAGACAAUUAAGAGAUGCUCAGCAGGAUGCAAGAGAUAAAAUGGAGGAUAUCGAACGCCAAGUUAGAGAAUUGAAAACAAAAAUUUCAGCUAUGAAAGAAGAAAAAGAACAGCUUAGUGCUGAAAGACAAGAACAAAUUAAGCAGAGAACUAAGCUGGAGCUUAAAGCCAAGGAUUUACAAGAUGAACUAGCAGGCAAUAGUGAACAAAGGAAACGUUUAUUAAAAGAGAGGCAGAAGCUGCUUGAAAAAAUAGAAGAAAAGCAGAAAGAACUGGCAGAAACAGAACCUAAAUUCAACAGUGUAAAAGAGAAAGAAGAACGAGGAAUUGCUAGAUUGGCUCAAGCUACCCAGGAAAGAACAGAUCUUUAUGCAAAGCAGGGUCGAGGAAGCCAGUUUACAUCAAAAGAAGAAAGGGAUAAGUGGAUUAAAAAGGAACUCAAGUCUUUAGAUCAGGCUAUUAAUGACAAGAAAAGACAGAUUGCUGCUAUACAUAAGGAUUUGGAAGACACUGAAGCAAAUAAAGAGAAAAAUCUGGAGCAGUAUAAUAAACUGGACCAGGAUCUUAAUGAAGUCAAAGCUCGAGUAGAAGAACUGGACAGAAAAUAUUACGAAGUAAAAAAUAAAAAAGAUGAACUACAAAGUGAAAGAAACUACUUGUGGAGAGAAGAGAAUGCAGAACAGCAAGCACUUGCUGCUAAAAGAGAAGAUCUUGAAAAGAAGCAACAACUUCUUAGAGCAGCAACUGGAAAGGCCAUUUUAAAUGGAAUAGACAGCAUAAACAAAGUGCUAGACCACUUUCGUCGAAAAGGAAUAAACCAGCAUGUUCAAAAUGGCUAUCAUGGUAUUGUAAUGAAUAACUUUGAAUGUGAACCAGCUUUCUACACAUGCGUGGAAGUCACUGCUGGAAACAGGUUAUUUUAUCACAUUGUUGAUUCAGAUGAAGUCAGCACGAAGAUUUUAAUGGAGUUUAAUAAAAUGAAUCUUCCUGGAGAGGUUACUUUUCUGCCUCUUAACAAGUUAGAUGUCAGGGAUACAGCCUAUCCUGAAACCAAUGAUGCUAUUCCUAUGAUCAGCAAACUGAGGUACAAUCCCAGAUUUGACAAAGCUUUCAAACAUGUGUUUGGAAAGACUCUUAUUUGUCGUAGCAUGGAAGUUUCAACCCAGCUGGCCCGUGCUUUCACUAUGGACUGUAUUACUUUGGAAGGUGACCAAGUCAGUCAUCGGGGUGCUCUAACUGGAGGUUAUUAUGACACAAGGAAGUCUCGACUUGAAUUGCAAAAAGAUGUUAGAAAAGCAGAGGAAGAACUAGGUGAGCUUGAAGCAAAGCUCAAUGAAAACCUGCGCAGAAAUAUUGAAAGGAUUAAUAAUGAAAUUGAUCAGUUGAUGAACCAAAUGCAACAGAUCGAGACCCAGCAAAGGAAAUUUAAAGCAUCUAGAGAUAGCAUAUUAUCAGAAAUGAAGAUGCUAAAAGAGAAGAGGCAGCAGUCAGAGAAAACCUUCAUGCCUAAGCAACGUAGCUUACAGAGUUUGGAGGCAAGCUUGCACGCUAUGGAGUCUACCAGAGAGUCAUUGAAAGCAGAACUGGGAACUGAUUUGCUUUCUCAACUGAGUUUGGAAGAUCAGAAGAGAGUAGAUGCACUGAAUGAUGAGAUUCGUCAACUUCAGCAGGAAAACAGACAGUUGCUAAAUGAAAGAAUUAAAUUAGAAGGUAUUAUUACUCGAGUAGAGACUUACCUCAAUGAGAAUCUGAGAAAACGUUUGGACCAAGUAGAACAGGAACUUAAUGAGCUGAGAGAGACAGAAGGGGGUACUGUUCUCACUGCCACAACAUCAGAACUUGAAGCCAUCAAUAAAAGAGUAAAAGACACUAUGGCACGAUCAGAAGAUUUGGACAAUUCCAUUGAUAAAACAGAAGCUGGAAUUAAGGAGCUUCAGAAGAGUAUGGAGCGCUGGAAAAAUAUGGAAAAAGAACAUAUGGAUGCUAUAAAUCAUGAUACUAAAGAACUGGAAAAGAUGACAAAUCGGCAAGGCAUGCUAUUGAAGAAGAAAGAAGAGUGUAUGAAGAAAAUUCGAGAACUUGGAUCACUUCCCCAGGAAGCAUUUGAAAAGUACCAGACACUGAGCCUCAAACAGUUGUUUCGAAAACUUGAGCAGUGCAACACAGAAUUAAAGAAGUACAGCCAUGUUAACAAAAAGGCUUUGGAUCAGUUUGUAAAUUUCUCCGAGCAGAAAGAAAAGUUAAUAAAGCGACAAGAAGAGUUAGAUAGGGGUUACAAAUCGAUCAUGGAGCUGAUGAAUGUACUUGAACUUCGGAAAUACGAAGCUAUUCAGUUAACUUUCAAACAGGUAUCCAAGAACUUCAGUGAAGUAUUCCAGAAGUUAGUACCUGGUGGCAAAGCUACUUUGGUGAUGAAGAAAGGAGAUGUGGAGGGCAGUCAGUCUCAAGAUGAAGGAGAAGGGAGUGGUGAGAGUGAGAGGGGUUCUGGCUCACAAAGCAGUGUCCCAUCAGUUGACCAGUUUACUGGAGUUGGAAUUAGGGUGUCAUUUACAGGAAAACAAGGUGAAAUGAGAGAAAUGCAACAGCUUUCAGGUGGACAGAAAUCCUUGGUAGCCCUUGCUCUGAUUUUUGCCAUUCAGAAAUGUGACCCAGCUCCAUUUUACUUGUUUGAUGAGAUUGACCAGGCUCUGGAUGCUCAGCACAGAAAGGCUGUGUCAGAUAUGAUUAUGGAACUUGCUGUACAUGCUCAGUUUAUUACAACUACUUUUAGGCCUGAACUGCUUGAGUCAGCUGACAAAUUCUAUGGUGUGAAGUUCAGAAAUAAGGUUAGUCAUAUUGAUGUGAUCACAGCCGAGAUGGCCAAAGACUUUGUAGAAGAUGAUACCACACAUGGCUAGUUGGAAAAUACUACCUACUGGUUUGGGAGAUGUGUAUAGUAAUAUGAUUCUCAUACCCAGGAACUGUAAAUUUAAACCUAAAUAUUUGGCCAAUAGUUUUCAGACUUAAAGCAUCAUAGUCCUUUUAUAUUUGUCUUUGUAUUUUAUAAGAUACUCUGUAAUGUCAUGUUUGUACUUAUAGUUUAAGAAUUUAAUUUCCUGCACAACUUUUUGUAAAAUGUUCUCCUAUUUUAAAUGUUUUGAAACACGCUAAAUAUUCUUUCCUAAUUAUUUUAUCACUUAUACUGCCUUUUUUAUAGCUUCAAUUAAAUAAUCGGUUUUAUGACUAAU